GUCGGGUGUGGACAGCUGCCACACCGUCAUGCGCAAGCGAGCGGCCUCAACGACGACAAUGGCCACGAAGGAGCCACACCUUCGUCACACGGCGUCGUCCCGAGCCUCAGUGAAUGCAUGCCCUGUUGAGCGGAUGGAGUUCCAAACGCUGGCGUCGCUCGUCCGGAGUCUAAAAGAAGAAUCUUGCCGCCACCUCCAGCUCGAGACAGAAACGCAGACCGAAAUGGAGUACUUGAAUGCUCAAGUGACGUCGACGCGGAAAGGACUCGGCAAGAUCGCCGAGCUUCUCAAUGACGACCUGACCGCGAUGCGGACAGAACUGCAGCAUGAGAUGCAAGCGCUACAAGUCGACUGCAUCAAUCGCGUCGAGGAGCUCACGGCCGCCGUGGAGAGACUUACGUUUCGAUUCACCCACCACAUUCGCGAUUGCCAAGCUCUCGGCGACGAAGUCGAUCGAUUAAAGGAUUCCCUCCAUCAAACGAACGCGCAUUUGUACCGGACGGACGCAGACAUGACGGACAAACACAACCAUGUUUCAUGUCGGCUGGCAGCGAUGGAUCAAGUCGCAGCGACCGUCGAGGCCUUGUGCAAGGAGCACCUGGCCGCGAUCGCCGAUGUCAAUGCUCGCAUGACCCAGCACAGUGCGUGGACAGAGGCCCGCAUCCAAGAGGCAGCAGAGUUUAGCGACCGGCGGUGGGACGCUGCUGAUGCGACGCGGAUCCGCCACGACACGUUGGUGCAUUCAGUGAUCCACGACUUGGUGGCGCUGCGCGAUCAAGUCGGCGACAUGUCUGUGCUCCGGCAAACGCUUCAGCGACACAUGGACGGCACGUCGAAAGAGGCACAGCACGGUAUGCGACUUUACCACGCGCUCGAGUCCCGUGUCUCGAAUUUGUCCGCCGCCUUGGAUACAUGCCGGACACAGCACCAGAAUGCCCAUGACACGCUGGAAACCACGACGAGCAUGCGGCUCGACGCAUUGGCCGAGACGUUGGAGCUAGCUGUACACACGGUGGUCGCCUCGACGACUUCCACGGCACCUCCAACGACAACUAGACCGUUCACAGUGAACGUGCCAUAGCUGAACGCAGCACGAGGUGGCGUGCGAGCCGACAGAUCCACGACGGAAUUGAAGAUGCGCUCAUGUUUGAUUGACGAUUACGCGUAAAGAGUGAGGAUGUAGUCGACGACGCCGCAAAACGUGAGGAAGCUCACGCCGCGGAGGUAGUUUGUGCGUUUCGAGUUGCGUGACUCGUAGAACUCGCGCCUACAUGAAAGAGGGGCUCAUGAUGGAAUGGG